UAUACCGUUACCUGUACAGCUUCCUUCGUACAAAAAUCACACGAUCUUCUAAGCUUAAAGCUUUAGAACAUGCCUUAUUGGGGCAUUUGCUUGAUGCUUACUGAUUUCAAUUAUCCCCUAUCAUGUGGGUGUUCCUCGGUCAAGUAUGCCAUGGUAUGUGUCCUUGUACUUUCUUCGGCCGAGAGCUUAUCAAAUCUAGAAAAGUCAAGUAUACAGAUUUUGUGGCAUCGCGUCCUUGUACUUAAUCCCAUACUGCUGUCAAAGGCGCAGCUCACUGAUUAAAAGAAAUGCAGCAGGCCAUCACAGAGAUCUGUAUACCCUUUUUGUCUCCCCAGAUUUCUUUCAUUAUUGAAAUGCAAACAGAGAUACCAGUACUUUCGUUCAUUUCCGCGGCACUUGUUCUCUUUCCAUUGCCUUGGUAUUGUCGGGCUGGCAACAUUGCUGCAAUGUCUAUUGGAAUGUGGCUCUUUGUUGUAAACACGAUCAAUGCUAUAGAUGCCCUCCAGUGGACCGAGGCCUAUCAAAUACCAUUUUUAUUCUGGUGUGACAUCAGUGAGUGUUUUGAUAUCGGUUCUAUUCGAGAACUCACAAUUCCUGUAGCUUCAGCGCUGGUAACAGCUGUAAAUGUAGCGAUACCCGCGGCGUGCCUCUGCAUUUGUAUUCACCUGGAACGGAUGGCGUCUUUUUGUCAAACGUCCGCCUCUGUAACAAAGCGACGCCGUAUCUUACUUGAAUGUGUAAUGUGUUUCGGAGUUCCAUUAGUAUAUGCAGCAUUGCAUAUAAUUGUUCAACCUCGACGUUUUGAUGUGUAUGAAAAUUUUGGAUGUCGCUCGGCGAUAUAUCCCACUGUGGUGGCUUUGUUCGUGGUCUGGAUACCGCCGCUUGCACUUUCUUUUCUUACUAUAGUUUUUUGUGGCAUUACUUGGCGUCACUUUCUCCUUCAUGGCGUUCAAUUUUCGAGGACACGUCCAUUUUCCUCGCUUACUUCUGGAGCCUACAUUCGGCUCGUCAGUAUGGCCGUUUCAGAAGUCAUCUGCACUAUCGCCGCGACUGUAGUAGCCAUGUCGUUUAAUCUAAGCUCAGGGCUGGCUCCGUGGGCGGACUUCACCCGAGAUUUGACGGAGGUCUCGUCGUUCAGCUCCGCCGCGACACCUAAAUCAGUCACCGCGAUGCUCAUCACUGAAUGGGCGAUCAUGGUUGCGCAAUCGUUCUUCUUUAUCGGAUUGUUUGUGCUUGGAGGGGAGGGGCGCAGUCGAUUGCGUGAGGCUGUACAGGUAAUGCGCAGGGCUCUCAGUUUUUUUGAGAGACGAUCUACCUGUAUCGCUGAACUCAAAGGUACACCUAUGACAGAAUGCGACUUGACACCGGUUCCGUCUCUGACCGUCCUCGAGUUCAAGAAUACCACCUCUCAAUCUAUUACAGCAUGCACUUAUCAUGGCUAUCCAUGUGAUAAACCUCUUCCGCCUUCGCCUGCCCCCUCGCGGCCCCCAUCACUCGACCUUACAGAUGCGAAGCGAUUGGAAGAAGAUCCUGAAUUCCUUGAUUCCGCGCUCCUUCCUCUGGAUUCACCUUCCAACUACUCUGUUAUCUCAUCGUCACACAAUUCUCUCCAAUCAAAUUUUGACCCGCAACAACUUUUUUUACCUUCGACGCAGUGGCCUGAACCCCCAUCAACAGUCAUUGUUCGACCACGCCCGGCGAGGCCCCACAGCAUGAACUUUAUUCACGUAGAAGGUUUGCCGUUUUAUGGGUCCGCAGUGCCGCAUGGCAAUUACUCGAGGAAUCCAAAGAAUCGUAACGCUGUCUACAUGACAGUGGUCAGGGAAGUCCAAGGAGCAUAUUGAGUUGUUGAUUUUCUUUUCUCGUAUACCCCUUCCAUUGUCCUUCGCGGUCGUUGACUUUUUGCUUGCAUGUUCCCGAGUCCUGAAGCAUUUGUUUCGCCUUCAAA